AUGGCUAGCCCCAAAGCUGCGAACGGAAUAUCAGAAGCCUCCAAUCAGACAUUCCCGAUUGCAGAUGUCGAGAAUGAACUGAACCCCGGCCAGAACACAAAAGUUGAAGUUGAUCCUGUAUCGUCUGCUGUGGCUGCUUCCUUGGAGGUUAAGGAACAAGCCGAAGCAGCUCAACAGCAAAAGGAAAGAGAGAAGGACGCCAUGCAAUCGCUCAAAUCGGCCAUCUUAAUUUCUGCAGCAGUGGUUGCGGUGGCAGGAGCAAUCUUCGCGAUAACCAGGAAGUUGAGAGAGAAAUGA